AUCAAAAAAAAAAAAAAAAGGUAUUAGUUUUUCUCGACCGCGUUUUCGGGCUGUGAACGCAACGCGUACCUUAUUAUAAUAUUUAAUUAUUAUUAUUAUUAUUAUUAAUCAUUAUUAUUCAUCAUACUCGAAGUCUGUGUGCGUGUUUUGCAACGUGUCGUUCCGAAAAAAAAAUAUUGUCAUCAAACCGGCGCGCCGAGACAACGUACGUGGAUUUUUAAAUGGGGGAGUACAAAUUUAGUGUAAAUUCUAGUUUAAGUUCAAUUGAAUACCAAUCUUCGGUGAACUCGUCCGGCUUGCAGACUACGUCAUCGUCAACGUCGCAGUCCUAUUUUGUGGACGACGGACUACAACAGUCGGACGCCGUCGCCGUUAAAUCGCAGAUCUCACCGUCACCAGUCAAUGGCGAUCACCAGCUGCCUGCCACCAAGAACAUCAACAAAGAGGACUCCGUCAUGGCAGCUCUCGGUGCAGGUGACAAGUCAAUGGGCAGCCCACAAAUACAGUUACCCUCGUCGUAUAAUAAUGAACCUAGUCUUAAUGUGAUAAACUCUUCAACUAACUCGUCCACGUCCAGCUUAUGGUCGGCAUCAGUCGACGACACACUCAUACACGGAUUGAAUGCAUCGGCUGCUAACAACGCUAAUUUUUCAAACGCCAUGUACAAUCCUGCUAUGGGACCUCAUCAUCAACAACAACAACCACAACAACAGCAACACCACCAUAGGCGUCAACCGUCUGGUGCUACUCAUAACUUUCCGCACAAUUUGUCCAGACAACUGCAACAGUCAGCCCAUCCGCAGAAUCUGUACAUGGCCAGCAAGGGCUACUCGUGGUCGCAGUCACACCAAAAUUCGUGGCUCAAUUCUAGUCAAAACCAAAGCGGUAUUGCUGGGUCUUCGUGGAACCGCGGACGUUCUGUACCAAAUUUAAACCCAAUACAUGCUAUGUCAGGCCGCAAGCCAAACGCUAAUUACAACCAUCAUCAGCAUCAACACAACCCUUCAAACUCGUCGAAAUUCAGACGGAGCACAUCCUAUCCCGGAAAAGCUUUAUUCAAUCAAAAUGCGCCAUCAAAUUUCGAAAUAAACAACAUUGACGAGACGGAAGUGAUGAAUUACCAGGAACGAGGAUUGACAAGUGGAAACGGCACUGGACCUUUGGACAACAUGCGUAAUUUAGAACAUUACUUGAACGAUAUUAUGCACUCCGGCGGGGAUAACCCAGAACACGCCAAAGGUUUCAUCAACUCGAACACCUUGCAUUCUCUAGCACAUCUACACGGUAAAUCUCCUUUUUUCCAAAAUCUCGAAGACCAAACGGGACUGUUGGACGACUCGGGAACUCAUCUGAUCGACACAUCCGUACAAGCUUUGACUUCGCCGUCUCGGUCCUCUCCACACAGUCAAGGUUCGGAAAGCAGCGAACGGUUUUCAAGGAAAGUGUUUGUGGGCGGUUUGCCGCCGGACAUCGACGAAGAUGAAAUAACUGCUAGUUUUCGUAGAUUCGGCCAAUUAGUCGUCGAUUGGCCUCACAAAGCCGAAAGCAAAUCCUAUUUUCCACCCAAAGGAUACGCUUUUCUUCUGUUCCAGGACGAAUCGUCGGUCCAACAGUUGAUCGACGCUUGUAUUCAAGACGACGAUAAACUAUACUUGUGCGUGUCGUCGCCAACAAUCAAAGAUAAACCAGUACAAAUCAGACCUUGGCGUUUGUCGGAUGCCGAUUUCGUACUCGACGCUUCUAUGCCAUUGGAUCCUCGCAAAACCGUGUUCGUCGGUGGCGUACCCAGGCCUUUGAAAGCUGUGGAGUUAGCAAUGAUCAUGGAUAGACUGUACGGCGGUGUUUGCUAUGCAGGGAUUGACACCGAUCCAGAACUCAAGUAUCCGAAAGGAGCCGGUCGGGUGGCGUUCAGUAAUCAACAGAGUUAUAUUGCUGCUAUCAGUGCGCGUUUCGUACAGCUUCAACACGGAGACAUCGAUAAAAGAGUCGAAGUCAAACCGUACGUACUGGACGACCAAAUGUGUGACGAGUGCCAAGGACAAAGGUGUGGAGGCAAGUUUGCUCCGUUCUUUUGUGCCAAUGUCACUUGCUUACAAUAUUAUUGCGAACUGUGCUGGGCAACGAUCCACUCGAGACCCGGUCGUGAGUACCACAAGCCUUUGGUCAAAGAAGGCGCCGAGCGCCCAAGAACUGUACCCUUCCGUUGGUCAUAACGUAAGGUCGCGACAGAAAACAAAAUCGAGUAGUCACAUUUUAUUAAUCCACUAAAUUUGUUUUUGUUUUUAUUUGAUUUUAUUAUUCUUACGCAUGUUUAUACAAAUGAUAUGAAAAUUUUAAUUUUUUAAGUAGUCUUUUUAAAAUCUGUCGUUUUUUAAUACGAGAACUGUUUUUUACAAUUUUUUUAAUCUACCUUAAUCACACAAGGAAGCCUCUGACUUAGGAAAAUUGACUUUUUUCUCUUUAGGACUAUUUUGAAAUAUUCAGGGUAAACACAAUGGAUAGGGCUCCUUCAUCUAGCAAACAAAUUGUAUCUAUUACUACAAACGAAUUGUAUUUAGUGCUAUGUAAUCCUUCCAAAGAACUUAGAUUUUGUUUCGUUAUGACUAUUUUCAUUUUUAGUUUAUCAUAUUUCAAAUCUUUAUCAUUUUUAUUUUCUUUAAAACUUAAGUUUUACACAACUUCCAAAAAAAAAGAUUUUUAUUAUUCUCGUUUUUUUUUCGUUUUUUUUUUUUCUAACGACCUAGGUGACCUAAGAGUUUUGUUUUUAUUUUAUUUGAAAGUUUAUUAUUUUUUAGACAAUUUGUUUGAACUACUGCCACGUUUUUAUCAUACAAUUUUUAUAGUUAUUGUUUUCAUUUUCCUCAAUAUGUUUUUUGAUAAAUAUAUACAUGUUUAUGUACACAAAAAUUAAAUUUAAUAUAAACGUUUUUAAUUUUUCAAUUUUGAGUAUUUUACGAAUAUGGCAUAAUGAUUUUAUUUUCCCAGUUAGAUUUCAUAUAAUAAGGAAAAUAUUAUUAUGGUUAUAUUAGUAUCUUUUUAUUAUUUAUUUUUAUUCUAUUUGGGGCAAUAUUUUAUAGAACGACCGGAAUAUCUAAAUGAUAUUUGCGGACAUGGACCACAGGUGUUACCUAUAGCAAUUUUAAAUCAAUUAAUUAAUUAUCAACUUGCAAUGUUUUGUAAUUUAAACUUAUGGUUGCAUCCAAGCAAGUCAUAAGUAUUCCCUUUUCCUCCUGAUUAUUCGCCUAAAGACAUUUACAAUUACAAUUAAAAGUAACAAAAUUAACAAUACGAUAUUGAAUAUAUUUUUCUACUUCUUUUUUGAUAUUUUUUAGGCAGCUUCGUUACGUCUUUAGUCUAGUUACCAAUUCUAAAAGCGUUUUACAUGAAAUUACACUAAUGAAAACUGAUGUUUUAUCGGCAACGUUUGUAUUACCUUUUUUAAAUAAUAAUAAUAAAAAUAAAUAACGUUUGUUGAAUGUUAUUUAGUUUUCAAAAGUUUUUAAUGUUUUGUUAUGUUUUUUUAUAUAAAUAGUAUUUAGUUUUUAAUAACCUACCUUUAUUUUUUUAUAACAAUUCUAUAUAUUUUUUAAUAUAUUAUUAUACUCUCUUUACCCUUUAUUAGUAGCCUGGUAGUUUUUAUUAAUUUUUUUCGUUGAACUCCUGAUCUUCCCCCCCUUUAGUUGUAUUAGCACUAGCACUAAUAACUAUAAUUAUGAAUAGCAACGCUAUGCAAUACAAACUUAAGCAAGAGUGACAACAUCUUUGACUGUUUGAUAUCACACCUGUUCAUUUAAUUUAGAAGACUUCACGACCUCUUAAUGUUUUUGUGUGUAGUGCUAAUUAAAUUUACCGACCUAAUGUUGUCUCUCGUUACCCUAGUAGUUAUUUUUUGUCAUUUUAUUUUGGUAACAUAAAAUAAAAAAGAUCAAAAAUUAUAAAAUAUACAAUUUAAAACAUUGCAACAUGUACUUAAAAAAGUUCAAAAAAAAAAUUAACUAAAAAUAUAAAAUUAGUAAAAAAAAAAAAAGGUGAUUUUUUUAAUAUACAUAAACAUUGCGUUUUCUUGCACACUACGGUAGAGAGUAAAGGAUAAUUAAUUUUCACUUUGUAUAUAGAACAAAAUUUACAUUAUUAUAAUAUAUAAUAUGGUUUAGGCAAAUUGUUGUGUUUUCUAAUUAAAAAAAAUUGUUAUAAUUUUUUUUUUGGGGAAAAGAUUUUUAUUGUAAUUUUUAACUAUUGAAACGAGAUAAGUUUUUUAAUUGCACCUAAUAAUAAUAAUAAUAAUAUAAUAUUUAUAGCGAAUUUUUUCAUUAUAUUGAUUGUCAUAAUAUAUAAAUUAGAAGAUUUGAUAGAUUUAAUAUUAUUACUAUGUGUAAAAAUUAUAAUUGUUUAUGAUUUAAAAAAAAAAAUAACAAAUUUGUUGGCAGUCAGAUAUAAUACUAGUUUCUAGUCAAAUUAUCAUUAGCCCAUAAUGUUCCUUCACGCGGGAGAAAUAAAUGUACUAAAUUACAUUUUUCAAAAGUAGCCAAUGUUUUUCUUUUCUUUAUCUAUUGCUCAUUCUUACUCUAAUAACAAAAUUAUCAACAGCCUGAAAUAAUCUUUAAAGACGUAAUAUAAUAUAAUAUUAUAGUAUACAAAUACAAAUUUCAGGAUAUUAACAUUUUAAUUUUGCAAUCACUAAUGAACAAUAAGUCGGUGUUUUAUUAUUAUUUUUAUUAAAAAUCAUUAUUUUUUGGCCUACCAAAUACUGAAAAAUGCACUUUACAAAUAUUUGUUGGUGUUUUUUAAUUAUUGUGUUAUGGCUUGUGUGGUUUUUUGCCGUAAGGGAAAAAGUAUUGUAACCGUGUCCAAUUUUCGACGAGAUUAAAUGCAAUUUAAAAAAAAACAUUAUUUUAAAUCAUUUAAUAUAAUUAAAUGUAAAUUACUUAUUUGUAUUUUGCUGGCCAUUUAGACACAAGUGUAAUUGGCUGUGACACAGUAUAUUUUGUGCAUAUUUUAUUGUUUUUUUUUUUUUUUUUAUCUAAACAAUGCCUUUGCCUUUGUUUUAAUUAAAUUGAAUUGUUAGUUUGUUUUUCUUAUAAUUUUUUCUCCGGGGCAAAUUAACCGUGCUCUGCCCUAAAAAUAUUGUUUUAAUGUCAAUUUUAUAAAAUAGUGAUUACCAUAAAUGCGUCCGGUUUUUUCUGUGAGGGUUUGGUUACCACUUUCUCUAUUUAAAUAGUUCAAUUUUCUCGAAAAUAGGUUUUAAAACGGUUUUUACUUGUUUUAAUCGACGAUCAUUAUUAUAAUUAUUAUUAUUAUUAUUACCAUUAUAAUAAUUUUAGAAUUAUUAAACAGUCGUACCAACCUGUUGGAAUGGUAAUAUGAAAUUCUUGUUUGUUAUUUGUGAAUUUAUUUUAUUUUCUGUUUUUUUUUUUUGCCGAGCUCAAUAAUAUAUUCCAUGAACUAAACACUAACAAACUAUUCACUUAGGAGCAAAACACAUUCAAUUUUCAUAAAAAUGAUAAGUGUCUUGUCGUCUUACAACGAAAAUUCCACAUCUUAAUAUUAUAAAACACUAUUAGUAUUAAAAUUUAUCUUGCAUAACACGUGUUAUUAAUAU